AUGUUCACUGCCUCAAAGAAUCCCACCACUCAAAAUCUGCGAGAAGCGGAAACGUUCUGGAAAUCUGUGCACUCAUACAAAGAGGAAAAAGAUUUUAGAAGCAGAGAAGGGCUAGGAGAAAAAGAAGACGUUGUGAAUGUCAGGUUGCUGAUUACCACUUGGCCGGAGCUUGCAUCGAAGUCGAAGGAGGAAUUCGGCGAAUGGCUCGCUGAUCGUGGAUUGCUGUGGAAGGAGCGACUUUGCCCCAAUAGUGGAAUUCCCGUUAAAGUCGCGCAGCACGCAAAUGUGAACAGCAUUCAUGAAGGCUAUCCAAACGGCCCUCCUUAG